CUUUGAGCGCGCCAAAUUUAAAACAUCGAAAUAUUCUGAUAAUUUUAAUUUAUAACCUAUUUGUGUUCUUUGUAUUACAACGUACAUACAUACGAAUUUUUAAUUUAAAACAAUGGAAGAUUUUCAGUAUGUAGUUAAAAAACAAGAACGAACAAAAAUCUGUUUUGGUUCUGGAUGUCCACGCGAUAUGUCUAAAAAAGGCAUGACUUCUUUUAUGAGAUAUUAUACGAAAGAUAAUUAUGAAAACAUUGCUCCUGGUACAUACAACGUUAUGAAUUCAUUUUUGGCUAUUAAAAAUAAACCCUGUUCACAUAGUAUUAGUAAUAAAGGAUAUGGCGGUAUUAUUAGAGCUGUAGGCGCAAUUGAACAUAAGAAUGAUUUUCCAUCUCCAGCAGAUUAUAAUCUUAUUGAUAGUUUCAAGCCUGUCAAAGAAUCAAAAGCUCCCUUUUCAUCUUUUACCAAAACAUCUACUUUUUCUACUAACAUAAAUCCAGGACCUGGAACAUAUACACCGGUAAGGAAGAAAGAAAUUGCAUUUGAGCAUAGUUUUGGUGGUAGAGUUAAGAUGAAACUGGGAGUUCAAUUGAAAUGUUGUAGUAAUAAUACAGAUGUGUGUAAAAACUGUGGACAAAAACCCAAAGGAGAUUAUUGGCAUUGGAAGGAUAAAAUUUUUCUUUGUAGAUUGUGCAUGAUUAAUUCUCUCGAAAAACAAUCAAAGUAUAAGAGAGAAGAACUAAAUCAUUUUUCUAGAGUACGCGAUUGUUCGGACAUUCAUCGGCAUGAUGGUACUGAUGCUAAUAUUUGGUUAAUGCAUCCCAAACUUCUAAGAGAAAGGCUUGUCAAGGAAACAUAUCUUUCUUCUUAUUUAAAAAAUUAAAUUCAAUGCUUCGUCAAAUUUUGCAUCUUUGUACUCUGACGUAUUUAUCAAUCGAUACAAGCAGCAAGGCAUUAUAAGUAGACUUAUUUUAUUUAACUUUUAAAUAAACUUUAUAUAUAAUGCGAUCUAUAAUUUGAUGAUCUUUUAUCUAAUUUCUAGCUUAUAAUGUAUAAUCAACUUCAUAUAAUAUAAUCGUCGAUUUAUAAUACAUUAUGUGAUCUUAUUUACACAAAGAUGAUAUAAAAAU